GUGCGGUGUGUCAGGCGGAGGCGGCGGCGCCACGUCUGGCUCGGGGCUCCCUUCCUAGCCCGGGUCGGCGGCGGGAGCAGCGCGGCCGCGGCCUCGCCUCUCCCCUCCCUCAGCGGUCGGUUCCGUAGCGAGUCCUCGGCGGCGGCGCCAUGUCGGACCUGGGGGACUGGUUCCGGAGCAUCCCGCUGAUCACCCGCUACUGGUUCGCUGGCUCCAUCGCGGUGCCGCUCAUCGGCAAGCUGGGCCUCGUCAGCCCCGUCUACCUCUUCCUCUGGCCCGACGCCUUCCUCAACCGCUUCCAGAUCUGGCGGCCGGUAACUGCAACUUUCUUCUUCCCAGUGGGACCUGGAACAGGAUUUCUCUACUUGGUGAAUUUAUAUUUCUUGUAUCAAUAUUCAUCACGAUUAGAAACAGGGGCUUUUGAUGGAAGGCCAGCAGAUUACAUGUUCAUGCUCCUGUUUAACUGGAUCUGCAUUGUUAUAACUGGCUUGGCAAUGGACAUGCAGUUGCUGAUGAUUCCACUCAUCAUGUCAGUACUUUAUGUGUGGGCCCAGCUGAACAGAGACAUGAUUGUAUCGUUCUGGUUUGGAACAAGAUUUAAGGCCUAUUACCUUCCAUGGGUUAUUCUGGGAUUCAACUACAUCAUUGGUGGAUCAGUCAUCAAUGAGCUGAUAGGAAAUUUGGUUGGACACCUGUAUUUCUUCUUAAUGUUUAAAUAUCCAAUGGAUUUGGGAGGAAGGAAUUUUCUGUCCACUCCUCAGUUCCUGUACCGCUGGCUGCCAAAUAGGAGAGGAGGAGUGUCCGGGUUUGGUGUCCCACCCGCCAGUGUGAGAAGAGCUGCAGAAGAUCAGCAAGGUGGUGGAAGACACAACUGGGGCCAAGGUUUCCGGCUAGGUGACCAGUGAAGAACUGCCCUUGGAAAACAGCAACUCUUCAGUUUCAUUUGGAUGUAGAACCGAUCCUUCCUGGUGCAGAGCAUGCUUAAGAACCGAGCUCUCUGUAGUACUGUUGGAUUUAACUAAUUAGCAAGAAUGUUCCUGGUUCAAGAGAAAAUUAAAACUCCAGAAGGGAAAAAUGUAGUUCUUUCUCCAGGUUAGCCAGUAGUGUCCGAUUUGAUUCUGUCAUUAAAAGAAGCCUUCUUUAUACAGUA